CGGGGCGGAGUGGGAGGAGCUGGCUCCGGCGGCGCCCUGGUCCGCGAGGUCUCCCGCGCGCCUUUUUAGCUGCCCGCGGGCGGAGGGGACUCCGUGCCUGGUGAGUUCGCGCCCUGUGGGUCAUGGCGGCUCGGCCCAAGCUCCUGGACGCGACCACUGCGUCCCGCCACUGGACCCGAAAGCUGGUGCUGCUGCUGCCGCCGCUGCUGCUGCUCCUGCUGCUGCGGAGCCGAGCGCUCCAGGGCGUGGAGACCGAGAAGCGGGUCGGGACCCGCGCAAACGAGAGCGGCUUCCACCCCGGCCGAGCAGUGAGCCCCGGAGAGGCGCCCCCGGAGUCCUGCCCAGGAGGUUCCCCGCCUCUCAGCAAGAUUUCCAAGCCAGCACCUUAUUGGGAAGGAACAGCUGUGAUAAACGGAGAAUUCAAGGAGCUUAGACUGACUGACUACAUUGGGAAAUAUUUGGUGUUUUUCUUCUACCCACUGGAUUUUACCUUCGUGUGUCCAACUGAAAUCAUCGCUUUUAGUGACCGAAUUCAAGAAUUCAGAUCUGUAAAUACUGAAGUAGUAGCAUGCUCGGUUGAUUCUAAGUAUACCCACUUGGCCUGGAUUAAUACUCCUCGAGGACAGGGAGGAGUGGGGCCAAUAAAGAUUCCACUUCUUUCGGACCUGAACCAUCAGAUUUCAAAGGACUAUGGUGUAUACCUCGAGGACUCGGGCCAUACUGUUAGAGGCCUCUUUAUUAUUGAUGACAAAGGAAUCCUAAGACAGAUUACUCUGAAUGACCUUCCUGUGGGUAGAUCUGUAGAGGAGACACUGCGUUUGGUUCAAGCCUUCCAGUAUACCGACAAGCAUGGAGAAGUAUGCCCUGCUGGCUGGAAGCCUGGUAGUGAAACAAUAAUCCCAGAUCCAGCUGGAAAACUGAAGUAUUUCAACAAAAUGGCCUGAAAAAUACUUCAGUUGUGAUGUUUGAAGAGGGCAGUGUGUCCACUUCUCGAUAAAGGUCACUGUGUUAAAUACUAUAA